CACAACUCAGAGGCUGUGAAUUGUGUUCGUGACUCAACUGGUUGGGCUAGACAGCGAAGCAGGGCCGAUCAGGGUACUAGGUCGUCCACUUACGUGUUCUGCGUGUCUACUGUAAUCGAUCGAUAAAUAACGCUGCUUAUCAAAACCUGCAGUCCCACCCGUUACAACACGUGAUACAGGACAGACACCUAAGUUACCUAAGGUCAAACCUCUUUCGCUUCCCGCUCUUCAACUCAUGCCAUUCCGGCCCGACAAUAUAGAAACAUGUUACCGCUACGCAGCAGCUGACAUCCACGAGCACGGCGUGAUAGACGCACAUGCACAAUUCCUCGCUAUAGUGAAAACAUUACCGCGCCGAUGUUAACGUUCUUCCUGUAAAUACUAACGACCGACUGCACAAACCAGUUUUCGACUUAAGGCGGCAAAUGGGAAACCAAUUGCACUUACGGUGAGCGAUAUGUGUAUGUUAACGUGGAUUUCUGUUGUUGCACAUAUUUUUGCGACAAUCAUUGGAAUAGACCUUCUUGUUAUGACCUUGUGAUGUCUGACUUUUCUAUCACACGAUUUAUCUACCAAUCCGGAUACGACUUAUACGAAUCUUCACACUAGGCCAACCAAUGACGUUCAACCGGUGUGGGCAGUUUAGCGUCUUUAUUGGUCCUAUGUCCUACGAGCCCUUCCACUUGAGUCCAGAACAAGAUACCAGCUUCCGAAUCAGAGCAGAUCGUUUAUUUCAGGCAUACUUGGUUUAUAUAUCAAUCACACAGACCGCAACGUACCAUAAAAUAGGAAAUAAUAUUUGUACACAAAUAAGCCCAAAAAGUGGCUGUGAAUGAGGGAGGCAGUAGUUAAUAAACUGAACAUAACUUAAGAACCGUAAAUCGUACAAUAAUAAAUUAUAGGUCAAAACAAAGCUUAUCAUAAAAGGAAUAUAAAUAUCCAUAGUGUUGUAGCGUGGCGUCGAGUUGAGAUUAACUAUGAACACCGCUACCAAGAAACACGUGCCAAAUAGAUCAGAAGGCGUAAGAAGCUCGUUCCAAAUGACUCCAUAAAAUACCCGAGAAGCCAAAUACCAGAAGGCAAUUAAUGGACCAAGUCGAGGUUUAUUAGCUGGCGAUCUCGUGGCAUCGAAAGGAUACCGAGAUCGUGCCAGGAUACAACCUUGGUUACAGAAGAUAACCGAAUUCGCGCGAAGUUACAAUCAAAGUGUAAGUACAAGAAUGGAAGCACAAAAUAGCUGUCAUUAGCACAGUCAAACAAAAGCACAUUAAAACAAACACUGGUACAGUUGGUUAUAAUAAUAAUUGUUUUUAUUAAACCAGUCGUGUUCUCGUGAUAAACGUGAGUCACUACAGGAGCCCCCCGCUAGAAAGGGCUUACACUUUCGAUAAAUAGCGGUUUGAAUCGUGGGACUGAUCGGCUGACGAGCGAUUGUAGGACGGAAGAAUUGGCGAACAGGAAAGCGAUCGUUGAUCGUCGAGUUGCCAACGAAGGUCGUUUUCGGAGAACAGUACCAGGAGCGAUGUGUUGUAUUUAUUGCUCGAGUUGGCAUGCUACACCAGAAUGGUUUGUAUCCAGAAUCUGAAGAUUGUGUUCGUAGGGAAUGCGGACCAGAAACGCUGCAGACGAAGGACGAAACCACGCUGAGCCAAAAGACCAGAAGCGACCGUAACGACCAAGUUCGAGACCAAGCGUAUGCCGAGCAUUCAAAACCAAUAUAUCGACUGAGUACGUUGACAAGAGCGUGGGUGAUCAGGCCAGCUUUCGCCAAAGUUGACUGAAGUCGACGGAACCAAACGGAGAUGGUCGAAGGCGUGGGCUCAGGAAACAAAAAGAUAAUCAAAAAAGAGAAGAGUGUAGCAUACGUGUAGUAUAGGAAUAAUCCUACACCGUAUCGGUUGUUGACUGUGCGACUAUUCGCGGAAGCGUACGGGUAACCGUACUCGGCGACCGGAACGUGAGACGGCAGUCUCGUUCGCGUCGCGUGAGCCUGCAAUCUCAUCCGAAGUCAGAGGCGGCGUGGUCUGCUGAUCUGGACGUGAGACUGUCGUCUCGUCCGUAGACGGUGCAGAUGACGCGUGCUGUUGACCGGGACGUGAGAAUGAGGUCUCACAUGCAUCUAGCGUGGGACCUGAAGAAGAUUUAAGGAUCCCGCUAGGUUUGAUAGGUCUAGCAUUGAAUCUCAGAGUGUCAGAUAGGGCACUGUCAUCGACGUGUGCUGGUUUGAGACGAUCAACGCUGACGAUCUCGACGCGUCCAUAUCGAUCAACCUUGAAGGUCUUUUCGUGACGAGCGAUCACGUGAAAAGGGCCUUCGUAAGGUUGUUGCCAAGGUUUGCGUACCGAAUCUACUCGUACAAAAACAUGUGAACAGGUAGAUAACUCUCGAUGGAGAGCGACCUGUCGAUGUUGUAUUCGAGUUGACACCGGAGACAGCGUUCGCAUAAAUGUAGACAGUCGAUGGACGUAGUCUGAUUUACCGAAAUUAGGUCUGCUCCGUGGUGUGAAGAAUUCUCCGGGCAGACGCAAUGUCGUGCCGUAUACAAGUUUCGUGGCGGAACAUUGGAUAUCUGCCUUUAAACUCGUUCUCACCCCUAAAAGAACGAGCGGUAAGGUUUCGUGCCAGUUGCCGUUUUCGUGUGCUCGUAGAACACUUUUAAGUUGGCAGUGAAACCGUUCAACUUAACCAUUUGGUGCUGGGUGGUAGACGGAUAUGCUUAUGCGUAUGCAUUCCGUACCAAGCAGCCGGGUCAGCGAGGAGAAUCGUUAAUAGGGUAACAUUUCUCGAAUAAAGCGUGGAAUUCAUCAUCACGCGAAUAAAAAGUGACAAGGAUUCGGUGCACAUACGUGUGAGUCUAUUAUAUUAAUACUAUUCUUAUCGUUAUCCGUCAUGUCGCUUAUAUUAUAUAUUAAAGAUAUGAAAAUAUACGACAGACGUGGAUAGAUAAAUCAUAGACUCACCGAAUUGUCUUCUUUGGAAGAUUUGAUCAGAAGUUGAGGCGUGUUCCAAAAUACGGGUCACCAAUUGUAGUCUGAUUGGGAUUACCAAUUGUAGCGUGGCGUCGAGUUGAGAUUAACUAUGAACACCGCUACCAAGAAACACGUGCCAAAUAGAUCAGAAGGCGUAAGAAGCUCGUUCCAAAUGACUCCAUAAAAUACCCGAGAAGCCAAAUACCAGAAGGCAAUUAAUGGACCAAGUCGAGGUUUAUUAGCUGGCGAUCUCGUGGCAUCGAAAGGAUACCGAGAUCGUGCCAGGAUACAACCUUGGUUACAGAAGAUAACCGAAUUCGCGCGAAGUUACAAUCAAAGUGUAAGUACAAGAAUGGAAGCACAAAAUAGCUGUCAUUAGCACAGUCAAACAAAAGCACAUUAAAACAAACACUGGUACAGUUGGUUAUAAUAAUAAUUGUUUUUAUUAAACCAGUCGUGUUCUCGUGAUAAACGUGAGUCACUACAGUGUAAUUGUUGAGUAGUUAUACAAUAAGAAUAUUUAUAGAAUAUUAGUCCAUGAAUAGUCCUCAGACGUUACCUGUAAUUUAAUCUUCACCGGAUAUAACACUUCUACAACAUCAUAAUCUACUCAUAGAUACGUGCAAACGGAUGUUAGUCGGUCGGAAUAAUAAAUUAUCUGUUUGUGUAACUUUCUUUUCUGGCUCUAGGCUAUUCUCCGUCGCUGUUAAACACGUAGUCGAUCCAUACUAUCAACAAAUACUCGACAAGCACCCCGAACAAUAUCAAACGCUACCAAAACUACCGUGUGUAACCAGCAGUGUUACACAUCACAUCACGACGACAAGAUCACCUGUAUUCUCGAAAACAUGUCGUUUUGCUCUCAAAAAGCUGAGGUUGGCUAGAAACGAAUUCGACCACAUUGUAGACUUAGUAAUCAUUCGGCCAUCAAACAACGAAUGGGCAUCGCCCUUGCACAUGGUCCUUAAAAAGAACAGCAGUGAUUGGCGUCCAACCGGUGACUAUCGACAACUUAAUGCACAAACCAUUCCUGAUCAUUACUCGUUGCCUCACAUUCACGAUUUUUAGCUACCUCGAAAGGUACAACUUUUUUCGAAAAUCGAGUUGGUUAAAGCAUAAAACCGAAUUCCCAUGGCUGAUGACGACAUUUCUAGAACCGUUAUUAUUACUCCACCAAUUUUUGCACAUGCCUUACGACUUUAAAAUCCUGCACAAACUUUCCAGAUAUUCAUUGACGAUGUUUUUCGAGGUCUCAACUUCAUACACCCAUAUGUAGAUGACUGCUUGAUCGCAAGCUCUAACAAAGAAUCUCAUCUCCAGCAUGUGAUCCUUGUUUUUGAACGACUUCAAAAGCACGGCAUUACUGUAAACAUUCAAAAAUGUCGAAUCUGAACCGACUGCCUAGGUUUUAUCGAACACACUAUUGAUGCAAAGUGGCGGUGAUUCUGGAUUACCCAGAACCGACUCCAGACAAGUACUCCCCCGAGAGUCUCGACAACAUACAAUACAUUUCUGGGGCAAGCAACGCAGUGACAGACUCCUUGUCUCGUAUAACCUCCUUGAACAAGUAGCAAGGAAUCGGCCGAGACACCACCUUGAGCCGGUGUUACCUGACAUCCAGCAUAAAACAAAGUUCUAGAAGAAAGGUAAAGCUCCCGAAACACAUGAACGACUACUUCACGAACGCACGCACGAGUGUAAUUUUCUUUCCAGCACUGUGGGAAAAGAUGAAAAAUCUACUGAGGACAUAUUGGAUAAAACAUUUUCUGGAGUUUCUGGAGCUCUAGACACUGACGAAAGAUAUCAUGUAUAUGGAAUAAGGAUAAAUGGAAUUCAUUGGACUCUAGCUUGACAAAGAAUAUUAGCAUCGUGAGAGGUACUGUUGUACUCUGAUCGUGGAGAACAAGCUGCACAUACACAAGGAGAUACAUUAAUGCUGUUCAAAGAAGCACGACGAGCACUUACAGGAUGGGAAUCUCAUGGGUCCAGAGUCAUCAAAGCGUCCUUCAAAACAAAGAAGGAGGGGAUCACAACCAAUUUUAUCCAGUGCUAUGCACCCGCAAAGAAGAUGAUAAAGCUUAAUUUUACGAGAGGCUGCAAUCGAUUGUUAAGAAGUGCCAUAUUGAGUCGAAACAGCCGUUAGUUACUUUCUGAUUUUUUGUAGUAUUUUAACUACAAUCAUCAGUGAGAGAUGGAAGUUACAAUGAACAUAUUGAGUGGUUAGUCAAAUACGAAAGAUUGGUUCACCAAAGAGUUCUCUUUAUGGAGAUGUAGUGACCUACGUUUACCAAGAGAACGCAAUUGAUUUAAUGGAAACAAUCAUUAUUAUAACCAAUUGUACCAGUGAUUGUUUUACUGUGCUCGUUUGUUUAACUGUGCCAAAGACAGCCAUGUUACUGCUCUAUUACCUUUCGAUUAUGACCUUGCACGGGUUCGGUUACGCUCGGUAACCACGCUUGUACCCCUUUGGCACGAUCUCGGUUUCCUGUCGAUACCACGAGAUGGCCAACAAAUACAUCUAGGCCACAGCCAUCAACUGUCUUCUGAUAUUUGACUUACGAGGGAUUUUAUCGGCUAACUGUCACGUAGUCUUAUAGUGGUUUUCAUAGUCAAACGAGACUCGACACCACGCUAAAGAGAAUUCAUUUCUAAAGCUGUACAAUCGCAAAUAUACAUACUUAUUUUUUCAGAAUGCUU